AUGUCGGCAUUGUCAGCUAUGGCGGGUCACAAUCGCGAUGGCGACGGACGGACGCAGCGGAAGCCGCGUCAUGCCGCGAUCGACGAUUGCAAUGAUUUGGAAUGGGUUUGUUGGCAUAAUAUCAGUGAUAUUCUUUUUGCCGGUGACAAGGAUGGUAUGGUAUGGAUGUGGUUGAUUGGCCCAUCUGGAGUAGCACAAUCGAAAGUUUAUGCUGGAAACGGAUCGCCUUGCACUGCUGGUCAUAUGCUGCCCGACGGAAAACGGCUGUUGGCUGGUUAUGGAGAUGGUAUACUAGUUGGACUUCUUGCAAUGGCACGGCUCUCCUGUUCCCUUCCUAUUCUACUCUUGUUUCCCAGUAGUCAAUCAACUGCUUACAAGGAGAUCCUUGUCGAAAUGGCGAUUUAA